CGCCUCCGCGCCGCGUUUAUUGUUGCGAUUGUAACGUCCGCGGGUGUCAUGGCGACGCGGGUAACGCGCGGCCCGACCUGGCCCGGCCCGGCAGGGCAGCACCGCAUCGGCCGCCAGGCGGCGCCGCCGGGAAACGCGCUGCCGGGCCGGCGGUGAGGCGCAGAGCCCGCCCCGACCGCCGCCCUCCCGCGCCGUAAGGGGGCGUUCGCGGGCCCCUCCGCAGCGGCGCCGGCGGCAGCGGCGGAGGCGAAGAUGGCGGCGGCUGCCUCCGAGCAGCAAAGUUCUAAUGGCCCAGUGAAGAAGUCUAUGCGAGAGAAGGCUGUGGAACGCAGGAAUGUUAAUAAGGAGCACAACAGUAACUUUAAAGCAGGAUACAUCCCAAUUGAUGAAGACCGUCUCCAUAAGACAGGGUUACGUGGCAGGAAAGGCAACUUGGCCAUUUGUGUGAUUGUUCUUCUCUUUAUUUUGGCUGUCAUCAACCUGAUUAUCACACUGGUUAUCUGGGCAGUGAUUCGCAUCGGUCCCAAUGGUUGUGACAGUAUGGAGUUCCAUGAGAGUGGCUUGCUGCGGUUUAAGCAAGUUUCUGACAUGGGUGUUAUACAUCCCUUGUAUAAAAGCACUGUAGGAGGCAGACGUAAUGAAGACUUGGUGAUCACUGGUAAUAAUCAGCCUAUUGUAUUUCAGCAAGGAACAACCAAGCUUAGUGUGGAAAAAGACAAAACUUCUAUUACCAGUGAUAUUGGCAUGGAAUUUGUUGACCCACGGACACAAAAUACAUUGUUCAGCACAGACUAUGAAACUCAUGAGUUUCAUCUGCCAAAUGGAGUUAAAAUCCUGAAUGUACAGAAGGCUUCUACAGAGAGGAUUACCAGCAACGCGACCAGUGAUCUAAACAUAAAGGUCGAUGGCCGUGCUAUCGUCCGUGGAAACGAAGGUGUUUUCAUCACAGGCAAGACCAUCGAGUUUCGAAUGGGGGGUAACAUGGAACUUAAAGCAGAAAACAGCAUUAUCCUGAAUGGCACUGUGAUGGUCAGCCCAUCGCGACUGCCAAGUUCUUCUUAUGGGGAACAGUUUAAUAACGGCAACUGGCUGCGUUUCAAGCUCUGCAUGUGUGCAGAUGGGACACUGUUCAAGGUGCAGGUGACAGGUUAUAACAUGGGUUGUCAGACUUCUGUCAAUCCAUGCGGAGCCACGCACUGAAACACAAACCAAUACCAGGAGAGUUCUCUUCUGUGUUUACAUGUAUUUGUAUGAAGUAAUUGCAUGCCUUCAAGGAUUUCUGGUUUUACAGCAGUUUAUACUAACAUUUGUUACAUAAUAUUUUUAAACAAAGGCUGUGAUGUUCACCAGUAUUAUGUCACCAUCCUGUUAGCCAUAAUAGUGGCACUGAUGUAGUAAGCUGUCUGUCUACAUGUGUACCAAAGUACCCUCCCGAACUGGGAUCAGUAGAAUAUAUUUCAAGAAUGUGAUCUUAGCAACAAUCUUGUCUGCCUUCAGUUGCCUUUAGAGGAGGUUUUCGUCCUACAUCCCAAGACCUCGAGGGCUGCUGUGAACACAUCUGUGAUCUGAAGAACUUCAACAGGAAUGUCAAUUUGUUGUUGAAAGUGGAUUUACUGGCAGAUUUUUGUCUCCUCUUCAUUUCUUGCCAAAGGUUGAUAUAAUGAUUUCCCCCAAAAUGAUGUGGUUUACCAUAUGCGUACUAAGAGAGGGGUAGUGGCAGAUUCACUUUAUAGUAUUGCAUUAUUUCUGCCAUAUAUUCUCAUGUAGUUUAAAAAUGAAAUUAUGCUAGCAUAAAUAAUAUUUGCAAAGUAAUAUCAGGUGUGGAAACGUAACUUCAAUUUCGAAACAGUCCUGUGAUUACUGAAGUGGUACUUGAGCUCCCAUUCUGUCUGUGCCGUUUAGGCAUUCUGCAGUUGCUUAAUUUAUGUUAAGUAUUUAUAAAACAUGUUUGUAUUAGAAGUACAUUUUUGAAGAUGUACUUGUUACUUGCUCACUACCCAAAAAAGUGUUUUCCUGGGUGCUUUAGUGUGAACUGCAUAUAAUCUAUUUUUCAAUGGGUAAUAACCUAAAGCAUGACUGUUGCAGCAGUGUCUGAGAUCAGAUCUCUUUUUCUCUGCCAACGUCAGUACUGAUGCGUUACCAGAAACCUCAGAAUUAAAUUCUGAGGUUAAACUGCAUGGCUAUAAUUCUAAAUGUGAUGGUAAAUUUAGGUAAUUCUAAAUGGAUCUUGUCUGCAGAGUAAAUACAUGUGUAUCUGAAUUUGGCAACAGUGUCUAUGGAGGACUGGGGCCUUACAGAAACUAUCACAGCCUUUUAACUGCUUUUGCAGAGGUAAGGUGUUCUGUACUAAAAAUAGACCAGCUCAUUGUAAGAUUCCUCCUUUCCCCACCCCAUGUAUAUCUUCAGUUUAAAUAGUUUUGUUUUGCAGUAGCAUCAAGUAAUCUUAAUAAUGGAGGCCUCAAAGGUCUUUGUGAGUAGCUUUUUGACAGUUUUUUCUAGAUAAGCACACGCUUCUCUUCCUAAAAGUUGUGCAAAUGUUACACAUUAACUUCAGAGUUGGUCAUUUGUUAUGGACUGUCUACCUCUGGUUUGCUGCUUUCAAAGUACAUAGAAUUCCACAAAAUUCAAACCAGCUCCUGUUGCAACAAGAACUUUGUAUCCAAGGUCCCAUUUCGUGUAUUUACUAGAAGUCAAUAUGUCCUCAUGCAGGAGGUGUAGGGCUGGAAGGGAUUUCUCGAGGGGAUCCUUAGGUCAGGCAUUACACCACACAGGAGGUCAGAGUAGUCAUGUUUCCUUCAUUGCCCAAAGGCAAAACCAGAGUUUGAUGCUCGAUAGUUGUUGAGGUUUUGGGAGGUGGACAGCCAUGGAGCUGUUCUAACAAAACCAGAACACAGUAAACCGUAGCAAAAGCCAUUGAAUUGCUCACAUUAGAGAUUAUGGGAAAGUACUAACAUUUUGCAAACUGCCUUCAUGAACUUCUUAAUUUUACUAGAGUUAAUCUUUAUUAACCACUUCAACACACGUUUUGCUAAAAACAUGCACACACCUUUGCUGCUAAGCAGUGCCUCAGUGUCUGUUACACGCGAGAGGAGGAAGUAAACGGUAACAUUUUUAGAACUUUCAUGCUAAUGGAAGUUGGUCACUUUGUAUGUAUAAAAUAUAGACACACAUGCACACACAUAAAAAUAUAAGCAGCAGUAUCCUCAAAGCUGAAAUAGAUCUUGAAAACAACAGAUAGAUACUGCCUGCAAGAGUAGCUUACAAAGAGCAUAUUAAAUCUUUUUUCUGGUUAAUGCUGACAUGCCUAUAUGCUAGUGUUGGAUUCUUUAUCAAGAGUUCUUUUUAAAAUACUGUAUGCAACAUAGCAGGAAGAUUUGUCACAAAGGUACUCUUAAAUCAGGGGCUGGAGGCUUGGUGUGGAUCUUUUUGCCAAAAUAUAGCAAAACCGAUCAUAGAAAAAGCAAAUGAAGUUAUCAUUUUGUAAGCCACUAUUUCUGCAUUGUUGGUAUAUUUUGUUGCCUUCACUACACAGUUUGAGAAACGUUGGCACCACACAUGCCUUAUGUUGUGCAUUUAUUUGCUGGUUUUCUUCUAAUUGCCUGAGGUUCAUUUUUCUAUAUGUAUUUAAAACAUUGUGUGGCACGUUCAUUAUUUCAUUCCCACAGAUGCACUUAAGAUUCUGUGUGUUCCAAGUACAUUCUACAUGCCUCUGUGUAAAAUAACAUACUGGGCACGUUGAAACAACUUAGAUGUGAAGAGUUCUCAGGACAGGUAAAGGUGGUGGUUGUUUCAGUAGGUGAAACCCAAUUGAAUUUCAAAUGUUUGUUUUGAAAUGAAACAAUAAAUUCUUACAAUGCA